AUGUUCGCUGCGGACCUCACUGCAAUCGAUAAGCUACGCACCGACGCCGUCCAUGUUCAGGAAGCGCACGUUAGUGGUAUAGCCAAGAUAUCGGGCUACGCAGCCCAGUUGCAAUGGAUCAGUGGGAAAUUCCCCAUAGAUAUUGGAGCGGACUUUGCAUGGUAUCCAGCUUUAGGAUACAAUACCCAUAAACCUGUGACGCAAAAUAAUCUCCAAUUUGAGCGCGCAAAUAUCCUCUAUAAUCUCGCGUCUCUCUACUCCCAGCUCGCCACCUCUUCUCCUCGUGAUACUCAAAAUGGGCUCAAGGUAGCUUGUAAUUACUUCUGCGCGGCCGCUGGGGUCAUGUCGUACCUCAAGGACUCAGUACUGCCUGAGCUUCGCUCCACUCCGCCAGAAGAUAUGGAUCCCAUUACCCUCGAGUGCGUAGAACAGCUCAUGCUCGCCCAGGCACAAGAAUGUUUCUGGCUUAAGGCCGUCGUCGACGGGCAUAAAGACAGUCUGGUAUCCAAGCUUGCCGCCAAAGUAUCCGACUUCUAUGACGCGGCUGGGGAGCUCGCAAUUAAGAGCUCAAGUAUCUCCAGCGAGUGGAUCCACCAUAUGAGCGCCAAGCACCACCACUUUGCUGCGGCAGCGCAGUAUAGGGCUGCGUGUGAUUGCUUAGAGAAGAGCAAAUACGGAGAGGAGGUCGCCCGCUUAAAGGAUGCUCUGGAUGCGGUUAACGAGGCUUUGAAAGAAGCACGAUACCUCAAUAAGAUUGUCCUGGGUGAUCUCCAGGGAUUGAAAGAGAAAGUUACAGACACUCUGAAAGGCGCGGAGAAGGAUAACGACUUGAUUUAUCUCAAUCCAGUCCCACCGGCGAGUGCACUGACAAAGAUCCAACGCGCGCCAAUGGUGAAUAGCAAAAUUCCAAAGGAAAUCUCAGAAUCUCAGACGUUACUCGUAGAAGGAGGCCCAUAUGGUGCUCCGCUAUUUGCGAAGCUCGUACCAUUUGCUGUUCACGUAGCGGCCAGCAUCUACGCGGAGCGUCGUGACAGACUAGUCAAUACCUCUUUAAUUGAAGAGCUCUCGUCUCUGACCACGAGGCUUCAUGACCUGCUUCAAUCUCUCGGCCUCCCUGGUUCCCUCCAGGCCCUUGAAAAGCCACUCGGUCUUCCCCCGGGUAUCAUUGCUCAUGCGGAGGAGAUGCACCAACAAGGGGGGAUUGGCACACUGUUAAGAAGUAUGGACGACAUCGCAAAGUUGAAGGCGACCGACCAUGCGAUAUAUCAAGAAGCGGUAGAGAUGCUGGAGGCCGAGGAAAAAGAGGAUGAUAAGCUCAGAGCGAAGCAUGGGACCGAUCGAUGGUCUAGAGAGCCGAGUAAGGCUGCAGGCGCGGGAUUUUGGGCACAUGUGGAUGAGUAUAAUGGGAUAUUGAAGAGUGCGGAGAAUAGUGACCGGGUGGUAAAGAAUAAGAUGGAAGAGAAUGAGGGAUUAUUGAGGUUAUUGGGAGGAGGGGAUAGUCGGGCCCUUCAAGACUUUGUGCCAAACUCCGCAAGGGCUACCCUCACGCCAAAGAUGGAUCGUGAAGUUGGAAAGUUACGGCAAUGCCUCAACGAAGUAUCUAGACUUGAGUCUAGAAGACGUCGAAAAAUUGAGAGUCUUCGUGAGAAGGCCAAAGCAGAUGACAUUACAUCCGCAAUUCUUAACGAAGCUUCCUCCCUUGAACGUGCCAAUCCUCUCUGCAAACUCGAGCCUGCUCACUUUGAGCCCCUUUUUGAGUCACGCCUAUCCUCUCACUACUCAACAGAGCGCUCCCUUCUAGCCGAAGAAUCCGAAGCCCAACAAGAUUUAAUAGAGCGAUUACGCGAGGCAAACAGCUCGUUCCUGGCUUGCCGUAAAGGAGAAAACGUAAAUAAGGACCGAGAAAAGGCGCUACAAGGUCUUGAGAACGCAUACCUAAGAUACCGCGAAAUCAUGAACAACCUUGAUGUCGGCCGGAAAUUCUACAACGACCUCAACAAACUAAUGGUAAGAUGGAGAGACGGAUGUAAAAGUUUUACAUAUGGGAGAAGAAUGGAAGCAGGGCAGUUUGAGGAUGAGAUAACGAACGCAAUGCAAGCUAUACGCCUCUCGCAAACACCUGUGCUACAACCACAGAGGCCGACGCGAGAGUCACACCCGCAGCAGCAGAUACCACCGAUUAUAGCACCGCCGUUGCAGAAUAGGCCAGCGGCGACGGGCACUCCAUUACCUGCGCCAGUUCCGAGGCCGGUUGCGUUGCCGGCCCCAGGACUGUGGAAGGGGAAUUCUACCACGGAGAUUAUAUUUUCAGACGACAAAGGCGGGCGAUGA